AUGUACAGCCCACACUUUCUAAAUCUCCCUCCCCCUCCCAGCUGGAGCGACUACCUGUGGGGCAGGCCCACCAGAAAACAAAGCAUCCCACCCAGACAGGCUUGUCAACAUGUACCUGACCAAAAACUUCUUCUUACAGCAGAACCAAAGCCAGAGAUCCAUCCAUGUGCCUCCUGCUCUCUGGCCUUCUCCAGUCAGAAAUUCCUCAGCCAGCAUGUGGAGUGCAAUCACCCCUCUCAGAUCCUCCCACAAACAACUGCAGGAAAACAUCUCCAACCAGAGGAUCCCUGUCCAGGACAACACAGCUGGAGUGACAAAGCUGAAGUUCAAGAGGUCAAAGAAAGGUCCAAACCUUUGCUUAAAAGUUUAAGGCAGAAGAGGAUUUCAGGGGACUUUUCCAACCCACCCAAAGGCCAAAUGGGAUGCUCCAGGACACAUAAAAGAAUGAUAGAGGCCAGCACAGACCAGAAAGUGAAUCCAGAAGACACAGACAAAUUAUUUGUGGGGGUAGGAAUGUCUGUAAGAGUCAAGUACAGAAGGUGUGGUCAAGGCUUCAAUGAUAGGUCAAAUCUCAUCCAACACGAGAGGACACACACGGGGGAGAAGCCCUAUGUUUGCAGGGAGUGUGGGCGGGGCUUCACACAGAAGUCAGAUCUCAUCCGACACGAGAGGACACACACGGGGGAGAAGCCCUAUGUUUGCAGGGAGUGUGGGCGGGGCUUCACACAAACAUCAAAUCUCAUCCGACACGAGAGGACACACACGGGGGAGAAGCCCUAUGUUUGCAGAGAGUGUGGGCGGGGCUUCACACAAACAUCAAAUCUCAUCCGACACGAGAGGACACACACCGGGGAGAAGCCCUAUGUUUGCAGGGAGUGUGGGCGGGGCUUUACACGGAAGUCACGUCUCAUCCUACACGAGAGGACACACACCGGAGAGAAGCCCUAUGUUUCAGUUAUGCUUAUUGUCCAUGAGAUGCCCCAGGGAUGGGCUCCCAAUGCACAUCAGAAACUGGGCUUGGUGGUGGAAGAUCAGGAUGGCAGCAAACCCAAGGCCCUCCAGAAGGUCCACUUGGACAAGAACAAAGAAGUGCAGGUUUCUGCAGCCUCACUGGCCAGGGUGCAGACCUACCUCCUUGUGGUGUGUCUAUCAUGGACCAGGAAAGAGGGCGGCUGA